AAUUCAUUGGAAUGAGCUCUUGCUCACCAUCUCUUCAAAUCCAUGGCUUUCUCCUCCGAGACUUUCCUCUUCUAGUCUCCCUUCAGACCUCCAUUGCCGACGCUUGCCGUUCUUGAGAGCCAUGGCAGGAGGUUGCCACCAGUGCCGGAGGAGGACCAAGGACUUUGCUUUGCAUUGCAAGAGGUUCAUGAUGAAGGACAAUUCGUGCUCCAUUUUGUUCUGCCAUAAAUGCCUCCUCACAAGGUAUGGAGAGAAGGCGGAAGAGGUGGCGGCGUUGGAAGACUGGGCUUGCCCAAAAUGCAGGGGUGUUUGCAGUUGUUACAUCUGCGUGAAGAAGAGGAGCCAACAACCAUUAGGAAUGGAUGCAAAUGAAUCUCCUAGGGAGGCUUCUGUUUCUAUAAAUAGAAAGCUUGCUGAUGAGAGUGAUAUUGUGGAGCCUGAGGAUAUCAAGCUUUCAAAGGCUUGUGAUGGAGUCAAAGAUGAAAAUUUUGCAAAAGAAGAAGAGGAGAAGGUUGAGGGCAUUAUGUCUAAUGGAAUAGGCAAAGGAAAUGUUGAAAAGGAUUCACACCAAGAGGCAAUGUUGGUACAUGUCGCAAUGGAGAAAGAUUUGGUCAAUAAAAAUGGAAGUUCAGAUAUGAUAGAAGACAAAUGUAGCACUCAGAGCAAUGGUAAUCAAAGCCCAGAGAGAUCUAGGGACAGAAAUGUUCUUCUUCCUCGUGGUACUGCAUUAACAAUGGUCGCAGGUGUGAAAUUGCCACCUGAUGACGUUGGACCAGCACUACAGUUUCUGGAGUUCUGCAAUGCAUUUUCAGAGGUUCUUGGCAUUAAAAAAGGUCAGCCUGAAACCGUCCUCCAAGAACUGACAAGAACAAAUAAGAAGUCUUUGAAAGUGCAUCCAUCAAUUGUUGGAUUACAUAUAAAAUUGUUGUCUUUGAUACAGAAGGACCUGGGAGAAGGGUCUUUGCUGAAGUCCAAAAUCAGUGCAAGCUCAUGGUUAAAAGCUCUUGCAAAAUGUAUAAAUGAGCAAUGCCAUUUUAAGGGGCUGUCUUCAGAAUGUUUUGACAAAGAAGCUUUAAAAUAUGAUACUCUGGAUGCAUCACAAAAGCUGAUAAUCUUAAAUCUUCUUUGCGACCAGACUCUGGAGACUGCGGACCUAAGGAGCUGGAUUGAUGAGGAGAAUAUCAAAUUCCAUGAAAAGGAGAAGGAGAGUGAAGCAAAAGCUCCAAUCCCUAAAAUGAAGGACUUGAACCAAAAGAUGAAUGCUAAGGUAGCCAAAGUCAUGCUCUGUCUUAAAGAGAGAUCGCUAGUUUCCGUUUCCGAGCAUGACAAUGUCAUAUCAGAGACGGAGUCUAAGACAAAGAGGCUUCACUCCGAAGUGACAGAAAACAUAUUAAAUAAGAAGAAGCAAAGAAUUGAUGCUGUUCGAACUGAGCCGAUAUUGCUAGAAGGAAAUGGGGAAGUAUAUUGGAGAUUAGGAGGGUGCGGUAACUCACAAAUUAUGCUUCAAGAAAUCAGGAGUUGGGACUUGCUUACAAACAGAGAUAGGUGGUUCUUAUAUGAUAAUGACAGUGAACAAAUUAUUCAGAAAUACAUUACCUCAUUACUGAGGAUGAAAUUGUUUGAAGAGUUUCCAAGGGACUAGAUGCUUGAACUUUGGAUCACAAGCUCCUAAACAUUUAUGCAUUACUGCCACGAGAUGCAUCGGUUUGAUCUAUACUAUGGCUUUUAUAUUUGCCAAUUUGGCUUUUUGCUUUUUGAGGAGCCAAAUGAACUCAAUUUAGCAAGUCAAUUACAUAAUCAAUUUGAAUAUUCCU